CCGUAGUUAGUUAUCGCGUAGAACAAAUUGAAGAGGCUAUUAGAGAUCUAGAUAAAGAUUUAGCGGUAUUCAAAGAUAGAGUGCUAGAAAAAUUAGAAAAAGUAGAGCAGAACCAAAAAACUCC